AUGAGGACCGUCUAUCGCCUUCCUGUGGCCCUGAUGCUACUCGUUUCGUGCGUGCAAGCUCAAAGUCCUGCUCGCCCAAACGAUCUCGACUUCACUGUAGCCCAAGCCGAGAAGCAUAACUGCGACCAGGACUGUCAGCAGAACCUGCGAAAAUUCGAGGAAUUAGACCGUCAGGUCUUUGGCAAUAUUCCCUUCGACUAUGAGUUUUACAAAACUGCUGCCAACUUCACGGGCUCUCGGCCUGGGGACCUGUUGAAGCUUGAGCAGCAGAAUGCAUCUGCAUACGAUAUACCCCCUGGGACGUCGUUGUGGUAUAUGCAAUACACAUCUGUCGGAGUUGGUGGAGAGAAGGUACCGGCGACUGCCUUUAUUGCACUUCCCUACACAGAGGUUCCAAAGCACAAAACCCGUCUGGUCGCAUAUGCCCAUGGAACUAUUGGGGUUGUCCCUGCCUGCGCUGCAUCGUCAUCUUACAACGGAUUCGACUAUCACUCCUGGCAGCUUCUCACAGGCCCCGGAUAUGCUGUGGUCGCUACAGAUUAUGCGGGCCUGGGAAACAACUAUACUUCUCAUAAGUAUGGUAAUCCAGUCCUCAACUCCGAGGAUACUUACUUUUCGGUCGUUGCUGCUCGGAAGGCCUUCCCAGGAGUCUUCACCGAUGAAUGGGCCUCUGUCGGUCAUUCCCAAGGAGCUGGAACUGUUUGGGGACUGAGUGAAAACCCUCGUGUCGCUACUCAGGAAAGCGGCGAGUACCUAGGAGGAGUUGCCAUCGCUCCUAGUUCCAGAUUGAAUGAUCUUCUCACCGCUGUACCGCUUAAUGUGGGAUGGGGCUUUGGCAACUUGAUCGUGAACAUAUUCCAAGCUUUGAAGUUCCCGAUACAGCCGGUCGUUCUCACCCCAGCUGCCAUGGCCCGUUAUCCACUUAUGGAUGAACUUCAGCUUUGCGACACCGCUCAAGCCGAAUUACAUGCAGAUCUUCCGAAUCACGGCAUUGUGGACUUCACGCCCGCUAUACUCGCACACAAUCAUGAAGCUUAUAUCGCAUUCCAAAACAAGUACGGCGCGGCCACCGGCAGAAAAGGAUACAAGGAACUUCUCGUCAUUCAGUCAAUCGAUGACGAGAUUGUGAAUGUUACUGCUACAAAGGAGGCGUACGAAUAUACAUGCAGCAUUGGGAACAUCGUUCACUUGAGUUUAUAUCCGGGCCUUGACCACGAUGAUUCUGUUGCCGCCUCAGCCCCAGAGUGGCUACAAUGGCUCGACAACAAGUUCAUGAAUUGGAGAACUCCAGUUGAGCACAAAUGUGUAAUGGAGACGAGGGUUCUGUUGACCGAUGCUUUGAGCUGA